CCUCUCUUUUGCUAUGGCUUUUGGUAGCUAGAAGUGCUUCGAGCUGCGAUUAGCUCCCUAGUAUUCACUAGACUGAUUGGCCCGCCCACCUUUCUCGACUCACGAACCCAAUCCGCCCAUUGUCGCAAAUGUCACGAACGUCUUCUGUAUGCCUCUGAGGGACGUGCUGGGGACAGAGAGGAACCUCCACCAUGGCCUCGGUAGCAGUAGGAACGAAGAGGUCUUUCUCGGCCAUGAGCGGUGACAUGGCUAGCAGCGAAGCGUGGACUCGUUCUCGAACACCGCCGUCUUUCCAACCCUCCAGCGGAUCUCGUGCAAGGCAGGGCAAUGGCAUAGACGCAAACUGCUCUUUGAACUCCAGCGCUCGAUCUACCCCGCGAACCACACCGGCACCUGCGUCCGCGCCCUCCGAAUAUCGCCGUAUCUUCGACCCCGAUGCCUCCGUCGUACUGAUAGGGAUACGGGGAACAGGAAAGUCCACAUUGGCCGUCAUGGCGUCCAUGGCAUGUCGGAGGCGAGUCGUAGACGUGGAGAGCUCCUUCCAAGAGGCAACGGGCUUCUCAACGGCCAAAUACCGGAAACAGUUCGGAGCGUCGAACCACAAUCUGCGGCAAGAGGAACUCCUCAGCAACAUACUCAACACCUACAACGAAGGCACCAUAAUCGUUUGCAACGGAAGUUCGCUAGAACGGAGUGGGCAGCUCCUCCUUCGGGACUUUUCCAAGACCCAUCCUGUUAUCCACAUCGUACGCGACCUUUCUAGCGUGCACAAGUAUCUGGAGAUCCCCGAUUUGUCGAAGCUGCAAGAUAUCGUGGCUUUUACUACACCGAUAUUCCGACAAUGCUCAAAUUACGAGUUCUACAAUGUAUCAGAGACUCAGGCUGCCCACUCCGUUGUGCCUGCGAACCAGCCAUCAGUCCCGGCAUUCCUUACCCUUAAACGCGCCGAGCGGACCUUUCUGAAAUUUCUGUCGUUGAUCAUGUCUUCGGGAAACUCUCGUGGAGCUGCGUCUAACGCAACUUCGACAAUCGAGCCUGGAUUUCCCCUCUCAGAGGUUCCCGUGGAACUGAGAAAGUAUACCUGCGCUGUCCAAGUUCCACUCGAAGAGCUCGUCUCACAAGAGGCCGAUAUUGAGGCGCUAGAGUUUGGGGCCGACGCGUUCGAAGUGGUGGUUGAGCCCGUGGAAAUCGACCCAGACUUGGACCGACUCACAGCUGAAAGAGCGGAGCGUAUCAGCAGGGCCAUAUCUAGAGUCCGGCAAAGCACGGUUGUUCCUAUUAUUUACCAUGUAACACCGGCUUCAGACCAACGCGCCGCAACAUCCUAUUCUGAGCACGUACGGCAUGGCCUUCGCUUGGCUCCCCACUUCGCUACCGUCGACCUCUCCCUAGACGAGGAAUCUAUCCUUGACAUCAUUCGAUCCAGAGGCUCGACCAAAAUCAUUGGACACCUGCAUGCGCCAGUUGACUGGUACGACACAUUCUGGCUCGAAAAGUACGACGCUGCAAUACGCUUAGGUUGCAGCGCAGUUCGCUUCACACGUCCAGCCAAGUUCAUGGACGACAAUGCUGCCAUCCAGAGCUUCCGCAACAAGGUUUACGAGAAGAAUAAGACUAUCCCUCUGAUAUGCUUCAAUACUGGACGAGCGGGUCGUCGCUCCGCCUGCUUCAACCAGGUCCUCACCAGCGUGAUCCCAGAAUCACAAAGGGACUGUUCGUCCUUCCCGACACGAGUCGAACAGAACCCCGAGACUUCUUGGCUCACGGUGCAAGAGGCUACACAUAUCCUUUAUGCCUCCUUCACAUACGACCCCAUGAAAUUCUACAUCAUCGGCGCCAGUGCCGGUUAUAGCCUGUCGCCCGCCAUGCACAAUGCUGCCUACAAGGCUUGCGGUAUGCCACACCAUUUUGACAGACUCCAGACGUCGACCAUAAAUACGUUACAAGAGCUUAUCCAAGACCCCACCUUCGGUGGAACCGCGGUUAGCCAGCCGUUCAAGCUUGAAGUCAUAUCGUUGACGCAUUCACUGAGCAAGCACGCACGAGCCAUAGGGGCAGUGAAUACACUAAUACCCGUGCGUCAUCUCAAUGGAGAUGGCAGCAUUCCGAGCGACCUCGAACUGUUUCAGGAGCGUAACCAAUCGGGACCGAUCAAAGCACUCUAUGGAGACAACACCGACUGGAUCGGCAUACGAUCAUGUAUUCGAAGAGGCCUCUCCCCGGCCAACGCUGUACGCCCAACGACUUGCGGCCUAGUCGUCGGCUCAGGAGGUAUGGCUCGCGCAGCAGUGUAUGCCAUGCUGCAGCUGGGAGUUAGGAAUAUUGUCAUCUUCAACCGAACUUAUGCGAACGCGGAGAAGCUCGUUGCGCACUUCGAUCGCUUAGUCUCUACAAGCUCAAGCACGGGGCUUUUGCCACCAGUGCACCAAGUAUCACAUCCAACGUUCCGGAUCCUUCAGUCGCGUGACGACCCAUGGCCGGCUGAGCUCCGUCCGCCAACCAUCAUACUUUCCUGUAUCCCAACUCAUCCAGUUGGUGAUUUGCCCGCGCCAAACUUCACGCUUCCGACACAAUGGAUGCAGAGUCCUACCGGAGGCGUGGUCAUCGAGCUUGCUUAUCGAACACUGAAUACUCCAUUGAUGAGGCAGAUCCGAGAAGGAGCUUCCCGCGCAUGGGUAUGCCUUGAUGGUCUGGAUCUCUUGCCUGAGCAGGGGUUUGCGCAGUUUGAGUUGUUCACGGGAAAGAGAGCGCCGCGGCGGGUGAUGCGCGAAGAGGUACUACGGGCAUGGAGAGACGAGCACGGGGAAGGUGACCCGGACAUGGUCCAAACGAGGCUGGAGGCAAUUGAUGAGCAGGAACCAUGAUGUGGAGUGGUUUAUCCAAUGAAAAUGAGAUAUAUUUCAGUGCAUGUAUGAAUGACGCCUCGAUGAUGAUGGUUGGUCACGUGGGGCAGAGAAUAGUG